AUGCUUCUCGACUUCAACCCCUCCAACUCUUUACGCAAAGACGAGACUGUCCGGGCCUGCACCGCAAGCUUUGCAGUUGGCACAAGCAACGUCACCGGCAACAAUACGGCCCAAGGCCCGUCUUGCCUGCCUAAAUGCAGCUUGACCAAGGUUCAAGAGUCGCUGCAGCUAGCUUUCAAUGUGUCUAACACACCAGCUGAGUUGAAGGACUUUGUAGCCGCUUCAGAACAGCUCGCCUCCUCCUUUUCUCGGGAGUCAAACAGCACCGAUAUAACCUCCUUCGCAUACUCUAAUACGGUCGUUCUCGGUCUCUUCGCGGGAUCGGGCGUCCGCGACAUCCCGUCAUCAGUGCUGCGUCAGUUCAUAAGGAAGAUCAAGUCGGCUGGUUUCUCUAACAGCGUCGUUGCACAACUGUGUACGAAAGACGGCCGCAGUUCCCGAUACAGCUUUGGAAUUGCUGUGAGCGGAGAUCGCGAUCUGAAGUUUGUACAGGAUGCCGUAGCUACCUGGGCAUCUGGCGAGUGUAUCACUUCUUUCGAUAAGAUGGAAGAAUGGCAAGACAUCACCUUGUCGGUCCCGAGUAUCUCCAACAACAGCACUGCUAGCUUUGGCAAUGGUACCCGUGCCGACAGCACUGCUGACACCAUCUCGUCGACGUCUGGCAAGUUGAACAUGCUUCAUCGACGAGCUGAAUGUUCAACUGUUCAGGUUGUGUCCGGAGAUAGCUGCGCAAGCUUGGCGGCGGAGUGCGGCAUAUCCGCCAGCGACUUCACCACGUACAACCCGGACUCGACGUUGUGCUCGUCUCUGCAAGUGGGACAGCACGUCUGCUGCUCAGCGGGAGAUCUCCCCGACUUCCGUCCGCAGCCCAACUCAGACGGGACAUGCUUCUCUUAUUACGUCGUGCCCGGCGACAGCUGCUCUUCCUUGGGAGCAGCCAACAGUCUAACCAAUGAUGAGAUUGAAAGCUUCAACACCCAGACUUGGGGCUGGCAGGGAUGCUCGAACGUGCAAGCAUACCAGUACAUCUGCCUCAGUACUGGUGCACCUCCGAUGCCAGCUCCCAUUACUAACGCCGUGUGUGGCCCCCAGAAGCCCGGAACUACUCAGCCGGGAGCGGGUGUCGAACUAGCCAGUCUGAAUCCUUGCCCCCUGAAUGCCUGUUGUAACAAACACGGCCAAUGUGGUAUCAACAAGGACUUCUGUACCAUCUCUGAGUCAGAGACUGGCGCCCCGGGAACCUCGGCUGAGGGCGAGAAUGGCUGCAUCUCCAACUGUGGAACUGAGAUCGUCGUUGGAUCAGCUCCGGCCGAAGCCAUCAGCAUCGGCUACUUUGAAGCCUACAACUUGGACCGCCCGUGCUUGAACAUGAAGAUCACUGCGAUGGAUGUGACCCCGUACACGCACAUCCAUUUGGCAUUCGGCGUCGUCACGACCGGCACAUAUGCCAUCGACGUCAGCCAUAUCCAGGAACAGUGGGAGUUGUUCCAGCAAAUGUCUGGCUUCAAAAAGAUUCUUUCUCUCGGCGGCUGGGCUUUCUCAGCCGAGCCAGCGACGUAUUUCAUUUUCCGGGACGCCGUCAACCCCGCCAACCAGGACACCUUUGUUGCCAACAUCGUUGCGUUCGUACAAGAUAAUGGCCUGGACGGUAUUGACAUCGACUGGGAAUAUCCCGCUGCCCCCGAUAUCCCCGAUAUUCCAGCCGGCACAGCUGAAGAUGCCGCCAACUAUUUGACCUUCUUCACUAAGCUGAGGGCAGCGAUGCCUUCCGACAAGUCCGUGUCCUUCUGCGCGCCCGCUUCUUUCUGGUACCUCAAGGGCUACCAGAUUGGAGAAAUGGCAGAUCUGGCAGACUACAUCGUCUACAUGACGUAUGAUCUUCAUGGCCAGUGGGACUACUCCAACCAGUACGCAAUCGACGGCUGCCCAGAGGGCAACUGCCUACGUUCUCACACGAACAUUACCGAGACUCUCCUCGCUCUGUCCAUGAUCACCAAGGCCGGUGUACCAUCCAACAAGCUCGCAGUCGGCGUCUCGAGCUACGGCCGAUCGUUUCAGAUGACAACACCCGGCUGCACCGGUCCCAUGUGCACAUACACAGGCGGAGGCUCGGGGGCUUAUCCAGGACCAUGCACCAACACCGCAGGUUACAUCGCCAACGCCGAGAUAAAUUCCAUCCUGGCGGGAACCGGAACCUGGAUGACGUCGUCAGGAGCUCUACAGUCGAUCGAGUCGUACGAGUCGUACUUUGACGAAGACAGCCAGUCAAACAUUGCCGUAUACGACUCAACACAAUGGGUCGCUCACAUGGAUGAUGACCUGAAGGCAGAUCGAAAGGCUCUCUAUGAGAGUCUCAACUUUGCGGGAAUCAUCGACUGGGCAAUCGAUUUGCAAGGCUUCGGCGGCGACAGCAUCGAUUACGGCUCCUCUUCGAACAUUGUUUAUCCCCCGCCUAGCAUCUGGAACUCUGACGAUCCGUUGGUAGGCUGCGAGCCUCCGUGCAUCGUUGUCUUCCCUCCAUACCCGCUUAGUGCCACUCAUACCGUUACGAGCUGGCCAGCUUUGACAACAACUCUCUUGUCCUCUGGAGCCGGCGGUGUGUACGUCGUGACAACAACGCUCCCUGUCCCGUCCUUCACCAUGACCGACGUCAGCCUCCAACCCCUGACACUGCAAUCGACAGACACAGCGCACUACCAGAUCAACCCCGUACAAAGCAUUACCCCGUCACCUUUCGUGUAUACACUUCCUCCAAAUCACGCCACCUUUCCCGUCAGCUCCCCAACACCGGCAACUUCCUCCGAUACGGAUGUGCCCUUGAUCAUCAUCCCCCCGGUCACAUUCUUUUCGACAUCUGUGCCCGUGACUAUCCAGCCUCAGCCGACCUACUCGGUAGACUACCCCGACCCAACGGUCCCUAUCCCGCCCGUUGCUGUCACGCCCACGCCGACCUCUUCUUCCACAGGUUGUACUGGAUCCGGCUGUGGGACACGGGACUGCGGCAUUUUCGGCUGUGACGGCGGCUGUGGACUGUUUGGCUGCGAUGGUGGCUGCGGAAUCUUUGGCUGCGGCGGAGGCUGCGGCGUCUUCGGUUGCGUGUCUACUUGUCCUCUGCUGUCGUGCGGUGGCGUAGGCUGUCUAAUUCCCGGCGGGUGCGGAAACACGCAAGGUACCGACGGCGGCGACAGCAGUGAGAACUGUGAGGAACCUGUGACGGCAUCGGCCUGCACUUAUCUCGUUACUAGCUAUAGUGCUUGGUACAUGGAGUCUUCUACGCGGACAACUGAGGCAAACCAGCUGCGUGACGAGUACUGCUUGUAA